UUAACCUGAAAUCAACAGUAGGCACUUACCUGACUAGCUGGGCGAGUCACGAACAAAAAAAAAGAAGAUCAAAAACAAUGUCUCAGAAUCGUUCUCAGCCUGAAAGGGUAAGCCAAAUUUCGGUAUUACAUAAAAUGAUAGGCCUUCAGAAAAAGAGACCAGCCCCCGGAGAUUACAUUGUGCCCAACAACUCCGUGCUGAAUAUAACCGGAAAGACCGGACCCUACAAUCCCACGCCCAACGCCAUGGAGCAGUGCCCCAAAGGUGGCACCGAGGGCAAGUGUCGUUACUGUGAGAACAUGGCUAAGAAUUUCCUGUAUCUGGAGAGCCUCAUCCGGAACAACAGCGAGAAGGGCGACAAGAAGUGCUCCCUGUGCAAUUCGUCGCUCAAGUACCUGGAGUACGUGAACCGCAACAUCCGGCAGGUGUUUGGCAAUUUCGAUGCGAUCGUCCAGGCCGAUAAAGCCCUGGCCUCCAAACCGGCCACGUUGCCCAAGUAUUCAGUGGGUGCGCCGCCCGAGAAGGUGGAUGUGCGCGCCACAGGUGGUGCCAUCAUAGCCGCUCAAAAGUCGGUAAAGAAUCUCAAAUCCAAGCCUGCUUCACUCAAGGUCAAGUCCAAAUCCAAGUCAUUGGACAAGUUUAAGAGAUUCAGGGGCCAAAAGUCACUCAAAUCUCUCAGGUCGCUAAAGCCAUCCAAAUCAACCAAGUCAACGAAGUCAACCAAGUCCAGGUCGCUCAAGGACUCAAAGAAUCUCGCCAAGUCUGGGUCCAAGGGUCUACGCAAGGGCCUGACCAAGUCGAAGUCCGCGGGUCUCAAGAGCCAGAUCAGUCAUGGCAAGAUGGUCCUCAAACGCAAGUUCCGUACCAAGGCCGCUUCGAAGAUGGUUCGCAGUGUCAGCCAGUACCGCGGCCUGGCCACCAGCCAUUCCAAGCUCUCCAAGGAACAUAGCAAAAGUAAGCUGGUGAAGAAGCGAUCCGGUACCAUUCCCACCAGCAUCAACUGGCGACUCCUCAAGCAGAACCUUCCCAAGCCGAAGCCUACUCCCGUCAAGUAGAGAUGAUGCCCGGGAGGAUGGAUGAUGGGUUCUCUCUACAAUUCAAAAUUGUCAGUGAGGUUUUGAAAAUUUAAUUUAAUAAUAACAAUUAUGAUUAUUUUA